AUGGUAGAUGAAGGAAAAGAUAUACAAGGGGGAAAAUGUCCUAGCUGGCUGUUGGUGUUGUUGUAUGCGACUAUUGAGCUGCUGGAUGUAGGUGAGAGUGGAACCAUAGCUAUAGGAUUAGUCCAUAAAUACUAUAAAUUAGACAGACAACCAGGCUGGUUUGCAGAUUCUAUAGGAUACCAUGCAGACGAUGGAAAGUUAUUUAAAGCUAAUGGUCAUGGUAGACCAUUUGGUGUGAAAUGUAACAAUGGUGAUCGAAUGGGAUGUGGUAUCAAAUUUGAUCACAUUGAGUAUGAAGAUGGAGCACGACAACAAGUACCAGUAUUUUUCACAAGAAAUGGAAAAGAGCUUGGUACCGUUAUGUGUGCUUUGCCAGCUGGUGGUUUCUUCCCUGCAAUCGGCAUGCAUUCUGUAGGUGAAGAAGUCAGACUACAUAUGGAUGCUGAUUGGGUGAAUAUUGAAGAAGAUAUGAUGAUUGACAGUUGUGAAGAUGAGUGGGCAAGGUUGAAUGAUGUCAGGGUAAAUGGACAGGUGUUGGAGUACAUUGGUAGGGGACGUAGUAUUGUUGAUGUUGGAUUAGCACAGGCACGCAAGUCACUCAGUCCUUCAAGUCAUUAUUUUGAAAUUGAAAUAGUUGAUCCUGGUAAAAAUUGUUACAUUGCUAUUGGUUUAGCACAUCGAGACUAUCCUAAGCAUAGACAUCCUGGUUGGAAUAAAGGAUCUAUUGCGUACCAUGCAGAUGAUGGUAAAUUAUUUAAAGGCAGUGGGGUGGGAGAUCCAUUUGGACCAAGGUGUUACAAAGGUGAUGUAAUGGGAUGUGGAAUUAUGUUUCCUAGAGAUUACCAUGAAAGUGAUGGAGAAAGUGAUGAAGAAAAGACUGAGGAGAAUGAGAGCAGUCGCGUGUCGCAUGUGCAUGUCAAUGAUCUAUAUGAAUUUGAAGAUUUUUUGGAUGACAGUAGCUCAGAAGACGAAGAGUGGUAUCAGGAUGAUAAAGAAGAUGGCAUUAAAGUACAGGUAUUUUUCACACGGAAUGGUAAAACUGUUGGUAGACGCGAAGUCAGGAUACCACAAGGUGGUUUCUUUCCAACUCUUGGUAUGCUUAGCUGUGAUGAGAAAGUAAAAGUAGAUCUGAAGCCCCUCACUGGUUGAACAUGUAGUAGUCAUAUUGUGAUAUUCGACAGUCAAUCAUAUUUUGUAGUUUACAAUCACAUUAGUCGUCCAGUUACAUCAAGCUGUAUACAUUUAAUAUUAUGCAAAUUUGAUUUUAGUUUUUUCAGAUUUGUCCAAUGUAUUUUGUACUUUUAAAAGGUGACAAGGAAAGCAUUGUUUGUAGAUAAUGCAUGAUGGACAUUUACAUGUAAAUAAAUCUCUCAGUUUAAGCUGCCAUUUGCUUGAAAAGCACGAGUUUUUCGGCAUUUUGGAAAAAAAAAUCUAUACAUAGAGGGUAUUAUUUCAAUUGAUAGAACAUUGCGUAUUGAGGGUGGGCUCUUUAUUUUAAGUAUUGUAAUGAUUACAAACAUUUAUUUUUCUGGAGCUCCAGUUUUAUUACACAUGUAUGGCUUCCAUUUUUGUAAGUUUCAUUGAAUAUUUCAGUAUUUUCAAUAUUAUUUUUCAGCAAAUUUGAUGCUUACUGUAUCAGUAUGCACUUGUCAACUCUAAGAUUUAAAUGUCAUUAUAUUGUACAUACAUAUGUAACGUAAUAAGCCUAAACAAUUCACACCCAUAUUUAUAUUUCAGAUUUCUAUUCAUUAAAUGUACUGUAGUAAAUGCAGUGUGAGGUCGAUUUUGGCAAAUUUGUUAUAAUUUUAUGGCAGAGGUACUGUUCCAAACGCAUAAUACUUUUAUAAUUGGAUAGUAAUCAAAAUUUAUCAAUGUUUACCAUAAACUAGAAUAUGGAACACAUACCCUUAAAAAUAGUUUAGAAACUGAUAGUUAUGGGAUAUUUAUGUUUUUAGAUUUGCUUCUUUCUCACUUAUUCACCUUGCUUUGUGUCAAAUUAAUUUUUUUUUUAAACAUUACAAUAAA